GCGACGUGUCUGUUCGCGGCAGCGAAAUCUUGAUGUGAAGGUACAACCGCGAGUGUCCCUUGUGGCUGAUGAUCGCAGGAGCGAUAUAUGCGCCCCUGAGCAAUGAUUCGAGCAUUGCUCGACGCUUGCGACCGUCGCUGUCGCCGUCGUCGACGACAACAUGCUCUUCCGCCUCCUCUACUUCUUCUUCCUCACCGUGAUCGUCGCAAUAUGCUUGCUCUUUGUCGGUGUGAUAGGCAUCGAGUUGAUCUUCACCGUCGUCGUCAGAGUCGUGUUGAGCGGCAUCAGAUGCGCCAUGUGCUCGUGCAGUGCCAUUUGCUCGUGCACGAAGAUCCACCAGGGAGAGGCCUUACUUGCACAGAACCGGAACUCUGCCGACAGCUCUUGCGUCUCGACGUCUUCUGCCUUGACGAAGAGCAGCGUCACUUCCACCAGCUCGAGGUCUAUAUCGGUGAUCCUCUGAAAGGGAUGCCAACCGGUCUCCCUCGCGGCGCGCAUCCUCAUGUCAUAGCUCCUUCCGGUCUGAAGCCCCAGGCUGCGCACCAGCCAGGUGGGCAGCGCAGGGCAAGACUUCUCGCCGACGAAGAAGUGGACCCUCCAGGUGCCACACUCACUCUCCUGGAAGGGCUCUCUUGUCAGCGGCAGUUUGUUCCUGCAGACGUGGUGGAUCUGUGCCGCAAGGAGAGGACGAGCCUUGCCGGUCGACUUGUGAAUCCAGCGAUCCACCCAGGCUUGCAGGUUGCCGACGCCGAUGACCGAGCGUCUGCCUUGCUCGUCUUGAUGGAUGAUCAGACCGGAGAACUCCUCAAGAAAGGAGCCUCCUAGAAAGCGCAUGCGCUUGCCUUUGGUGAGAUGUGCCGAUGUGGUGGCUGAU